AUGGGCAGUAGAUGUACUCAAUGUGAUUGCAAAUAAGGGAGGAAUAUGCUAUAAGAAAAAGAAAUAGUGGUAUAUUAUUUAAUGAAUGAGUAAGUUAGAUAAUAAUGGAAUUAAAAAUAGUAACAGUAACUCAAAAAAAUCAAUUGCAAGUAACUAAGCAAAUGGAAAUACAGAUUUAUAAAGCAAAGAACUCUAAACUAAGAAAAAUUAAAAAUAAUCAUAAAACUAGAAAUAACCUAAAAAAGCUCAUAUAAAAUUUAAUGAAUAUUAAAAUGAGAGUGAGAAAAUUCUCUAAGCUACAAUCAAAAUUUAAAGUAGAUAUCGAGGAUAUUAAGUUAGAAGAAAAAAAGAAUAAUAAACUUUGAAAAUAGUAAUGAAAACUUCAAAUAUAGGAGCUAAUAAGAAUUAUUUGAAAGAGAAUUUUGAAGUUAUCAAUAUUCCAUCUAAAAUCAAUGAUAAUUCAUUGGAUACUAGAGGUCCCUAUGAAUUUAAGAGUGGAGCAAUUUAUUAAGGUUAAUGGAGAGGUAAUUGUAGAGAAGGAAUAGGGACCCAAAUUUGGACUGAUGGAGCAAAAUAUGUUGGAGAAUGGAAAAAUAAUAGAGCUUGUGGAAAAGGAAUAUUUUAUCAUGUAGAUGGUGAUAUAUUUGAAGGAGAAUGGGAUGAAGACAAAGCUAAUGGAAAAGGAGUCUAUAAACAUUCAAAUGGGUCUAAAUAUGAGGGAGGAUGGAAAGAUGAUUUAUAGCAUGGGUAUGGUAAAGAAAUUUGGAAUGAUGGCUCUAAAUAUAUAGGAGAAUAUUUUUCAGGGAAAAAGUAAGGAUUUGGUAAAUAUGAAUGGCCAGAUGGUUCUUAUUUUGAUGGUGAGUGGUUGAACAAUAAAAUAAAUGGAAAAGGGAGUUAUCGUUGGUCUGAUGGAAGAGGUUAUGUUGGUUAAUGGAUCAAUAAUUGUAUGAAUGGUUUUGGAGUUUAUACUUGGAAAGAUGGCAGGAGAUAUGAAGGAGAAUAUAAAAAUGAUAAAAAAGAAGGAAAAGGAAUUUAUUAUUGGGCUGAUGGUAGGAAAUAUGAUGGAAUGUGGAAAGGUGGUAAGUAAGAUGGAGAGGGAGUGUUUAUUUUUGAUGAUAACACAAGAAAGAAAGGUAUUUGGAAGGAAGGGAAGAGAUUAAAAUGGUUAGAGAAUGAGGCAUGA